AUCGAGUAUGGUGGUCAGACAGCGGACCAACAAACCCGAAGCCAAAUGAACUCAUUUCUUCCCUUUCCUGAUGAGGCGGGCCGAGUUCCCGCGCUUUUCUUUCUUAAUAUGACACCGAAGGAGGUGGCUCGGGGAGAGUGAGAACGAAGCUCGCCCAGAGCUGUCUGAUAAUCUGCCGGGGUCCGAAGAAGAAAAGGACGACGAAGAGAUUCAGCGAGUUCAUCCGACGGACUCGGCUCGACAGUCGUUGUGAACAUCGGGGCACCUUGGAAAUUUGGCCGAGGCGGACGGCAUGCAUGGGGUUUUCACUUCUUCAUAAGGCGGGAUCGUCGAUCAUGGCGGUCGGAGGAGGUGUGGAGAAGCGCGGCGCUUUGAUCGUCCUCGAAGGCCUCGACAGAAGCGGCAAGAGCUCGCAGUGUCGCGCGUUGGCCUCCUUCCUCCGAGGUCGAGGUCAGGCCGUGGAGGAAUGGAGGUUUCCGGAUCGGACGACGGCAAUCGGCCAGAUGAUCUCAUCCUACCUCUCGGAGACUUCGGAAUUGGAUGAUGCGGCGAUCCACCUUCUGUUCUCAGCCAACCGCUGGGAGAAAAAGAAUCUGAUGGAGUCCACCUUGAGGGCAGGAACGUCGCUGGUCGUGGAUCGCUACUCCUACUCCGGUGUCGCCUUCUCUGCAGCCAAAGGACUUGACUUCCAGUGGUGUAAAACUCCUGAGAAGGGACUACCGGCAGCGGACCUGGUUCUCUACCUCGACAUUCAACCUGAGGUGGCUGCCAGGAGAGGAGAAUAUGGAGUCGAGCGAUAUGAGAAGGUGGAAUUCCAGACGAGAGUCGCAUCACAUUACCAGGCCAUGCGAGAUUCGACCUGGCAGAUCGUGGAUGCGGACCAGACCGUGGACGAAGUGCAGCAAGUUUUGAGAGAAGCGGCGCAAAAUGUCAUCGACACUUGCAAAUCGGGGAGAGAAUUGUUGCGGUUGUGGCCCACUCCACCGAAGGCGGUCGUGAGCUAGGCAGCAGUUGGGAGGAAUUGAUUUCACUGGCUCGGCCCCCAGCCCUGACUGACAUCCCUCGAGGAUCUUAUCUGCCUUUGUCAGCGAGGUAGGUCUGACUCAUCGCACUGCUCAGAAGCAACAAUCCAUCUUUCCAAAUGUUCGACAGUCUCAUAGAAUAUAGGCAUGUGGGGAUCACGGAGAAGUAAAUACAAGUGAGAGCGCAAGGCUUCCCAAGUCCUGGAACUUUUCCUAGUCAUUUCACGCACAGGGUAUUAGAGAGUUUUGCUAGGAUACACGCAUUUCACAGCAUUUCAAGCGUACUGAAUCUUCUGGCAAAGGAAGCAUAGCUCUACUUGCCAAGCCAUUGGUCUUUACGACGUAGUUCUGGAAACUAGCACGCCACGACACCGGCAUGAGAAAGGUUCCGAGAUCUUGAAUUCGUAAAUUCAGACGUACCUGUUAGAAGCCUAGAGUUCGAUGGCUUGCGAAGGAAAUCUCUUCCCUUUAAUAAAAAGCAGGAAUUUGUUUCAUAUGUAAAAGCCAUUUGACUUCCAGGAAAUGUCAAAUAAAAAUGUGACUGGUACGAUGAAUGUUGCGCCGUUAUGUCCGGCUAUGUUUCUAGAAUUGGAACUCUGAUUGGACGCAGAACACAUAAGAGAGUCCUCUUUCCAAUAAGAUCAUCAGCCUUUAGGCAUGAAAGAGAACAGGCAUACCCGUCUUUGCUCUCACAAGAGACUGUUGGGGUAAAUGAAAUAGCCCCCACAUUUACGUUAAAUUGCUUCCUACAUUUCAGUGAGAAUGAGCUAUAAGUGGGAGAAUAUGGUGGCGCUGGACCAUUUGAGAUUCGAUUCAGAAAUGAAAUAAAGCUAGCUGCGUUGUAUGAGAGCAGUUGUAACUUGUUUCAUAAAAUUGUGCAGCAUGGAGGAACGACAACAUUUGCUGGAACUUAUUCGCAUGUCUAUGAUUCCCUUCCAUCGUCGACUCGCAGUUGAUACACCUACUGUUCGUAACACCUCUCGAGCUUGUCGACGCCUUGCUCCCAAUACUUGUAACUUGUAACUGCCACGGCCACGAACCUUAACAUCUUAACCUCUUGUACUUAUCGAGGGAUCUGCAGGAAAAAAAGUGCAACCUAUCAAAGCU